AUGUCUUGCGAAGCUUGCCGUACCAUUCCUCCAGUGGUCGCAGGGGAAUAUACUCCAAAGGGCCAGUACGAAACAAUAGCCGGGCUUAGAACAUACGUUACAGGAAAUCAGGAAUCCACUGCUGGCAUAGUGGACAUCUAUGAUAUCUUCGGGUUAGCCAGCCAAACUAUCCAGGGUGCAGAUCUUCUGGCGCAACGACUCAACGCUGUUGUGCUGGUGCCGGACUUCUUCCAAGGGGAUGCACUAUCUCAUGAUAUUAUUCCACCAGACAGUGAAGAAAAGAAACAGAGGAUGGGUGAAUUUCUCGCUACAAAGGCGAAUAUCCCUGAGAAUGUGAAGGUCUUGGUGGAGGCUGUCCAGGACUACAAAGUUCGAUUUCCGACCGUGGCCAAAUGGGGAGCAUUGGGUUUAUGUUGGGGUGGAAAGGUGACUGCCCUAGCCUCUGGGCCUGAUACCGAGUUUGCUGCAUCUGGCCAAGUUCAUCCCGGUGCAAUGGAUUUGGCUGAUGCGAAGGCUUUAUCAAUUCCUCACAUUGUGUUAGCUUCCAAGGAUGAACCAGCCGAUGUGGUUGGAGGAUAUGCCGAGACUAUUGCUACAGGAAAGGGUGGUUAUGUGGAAACUUACUCCAGCAUGUGGCACGGAUGGAUGGGCGCCCGGGCCAAUUUAGAGCAGGAAGAAAGCCGAGCGGGAUAUAUUCGUGGAUACAACAAGUUGGGUGAUUUUUUCGCCGAGAAUCUUUCUUGA